AUGUUCACAUUAAUUAUAAUAGAUUUACUUGAUGAACAAUUUCCAAAAAUUCUAUAUGAUUCUGAACUAAAUAUUUGGAUAAAACCAAUUAAAACAAAUGAAUUAAAUACCGAAGAAACAUAUGAACGUCCAACAACCAAUACAUUACAAUCUCUCGGCAAUCAACUAGAUCCUCAAACAAUAUAUUAUCUAGCUAAUAUAUUACAAUAUGACAAAAAAAUCACGAAGAUAAGACUUGGAAAUAGUGCCAUCAGCGAUAUAGGGACGCAAUAUCUAGCUAAUGUAUUACAACAUAAUACAACGCUCGUCACAUUUGAUAUUCGAUACAACAAAAUUGGUCCUGCAGGGGCACAAUAUCUGGCGAAUGCAUUGCUGUAUAAUACAACACUCACUGUGCUACAUCUUGGAUACAACGAAAUCAGUGAUGAAGGGACACAAUAUCUAGCAAAUGCAUUACAUCAGAAUACAACACUUGCUGCUCUACAUCUUUGGGGAAACAAAAUCAGCAACGCAGGAGCACGAGAUCUAACAAAUGCAUUAAAAUAUAAUAGAACACUAAUCAAACUUGAUCUUUGA